AUGGCUUCUAAAUUUCUUACAGGUCAUACUCAGAAACUCCCCCUUCCUUUCUCUAAACUCACAUCCACCCAUAAACCAACACUUAGGUCUCAAAACACUUUUCAUAGUUUCCCUUCCAAUGGCCGUCAAAGCGGCCGUUUGUUCAUCAGAUCGCCGAUCACGGUAGCCAAAUCAAGCAGCAAAAGUGAUGAUCACAGUGAUAAAAAGCUCCCAAGGCCGUUAAAAAUGGUGGCAGGAGCAUCCUUAGCACUUGCUUGCGCCUUAAGUAUCUUCGGCUUCAAGAUAAAGAAUAUGAGCUAUACUGCCGCCGCAGCUGUGCAUCCAAGCGCCGCCGACAUGAUCAUAUCUGGGAAGCCGACUGCAGCCACUACCUCCGGGCCCGGGAUGACUUCUCCCUUGCCGGCUAAGUACGCAUUGCGGUCUCUCUUUGAAGUGAGCUCAAUGCUUGCUUCGGCUAAACCCAUUCCUUCUCAAAGAUCAUUCAAUCUUCAAAAGCUCCCUUCUUUGCCUUCAAAGGAAGAUAUUGAUUCCAUCAAGAUGGAGGCGGUAAGGAGGAUGAAGGAAGGAAAAUGCGAGGAGGCGGUGCAGCUCCUUCGCGAUGCAAACAUGCGAUACAAAAAUGAGCCUGAGGCCGAUUUCAACGUGCAGAUGGCUCUCGUUGAGAUUUUAAUAUUGCUGGAAAGAUAUCAAGAAGCUGGUGAGUAUAGUUGUCUAAAUGAUGAGAAUGCCCAGAUUUCUGAUGUUCGGAUCCCUCUUUAUAAGGCAAUUAUAUACACGAUGCUAGACAAAGAUACGGAAGCUAAGCAGUGUUGGAAAGAGUUCAGAAAAUCUAUUGGUGAAGGAUUUGACCCUUUCAGUUUCGAAGACUAA